GCAUAUCGCCGCCGUGGAACAGCUGCUACUAAUCCUCCUCGUUUCGGCGACGUUCGCUUCCAGCUGGGCGGCAACCAUUGUGCACACGCCGAAGGUUGGGCAGGCGGCGGGCAGCGCCAUCUCCCAUCAAAGCUUUGUGCGACUGUCGACGGCGCCGCAGCCGCAGCAGCAGCCACAGCUAAUCCUGGCCACGCCCACAGUGCGCAUUGUCAAUGCAAAGGUCAACAAUGGCUUGGAGGAAGUGCACCACACACCUGCGCAUCUCACCUACGCCGCCCACCCGGUGGUGCAUCAGAUGCUGCCCCGCAUCAAGCCCGUGCGCAACAUAAGCUUUGCCUCGCUGCGGGCUCAGUCCCACACACUCGCACACACACACGCACACACACACGCACACACGCAGCUUCAGUUAGUUUAGUUCGUGUUUUACACAUUUCAAGAAAUUUUUUUAAUUAAGCAAACAAUUUGAAAACCGUCUCGAAAUUCAAGUGAGCUUUCAAAGUUUCUACAACGACUGCGAUCCGAACGAACGUCGCGAACACUGAGACCCGAUCAGCUGUGAAGAAAGGAAGCAAGAAGGAAGGAGGCAGAAGGGGCCAAGGAUCUCAGCAGCCGGCUCUGCAUGCGACGCCAACGAUGCACUGGCAGCAGCUGCUCAAGCAACUAUCGAACCACAUCGUCUUCCGCGGCCUGCACCACGCAUUCAUCGCCGUCCAGCUGCGGGAUGAGCUGUGGAAGACCUCGGCCGGACGGCGCAGCCAGAAGAUGCGACCCUUCACGCUCUGGCUCACCCACAUACUCCUCAGCUAUGCGGGCGACAUCCUGGUCAGCCUCCUGCUGGGCAUUCUGCCGCUGGAGCCACUGAACAACGCCCAGGAUGUGGCGCUGUGCACAGCCGCCUGGUACAUCGUCUUCUACAGCCCGUUCGAUGUGGCCUACGCCGUGGCCCGCACGGCGGCCUGCCGCUGCCUGGUCGCACAGGUCACGGCGCUCAACCAGGUGCUGCACAUCGAGCGGGGCGUGCAGCUGGCCACCAAGACUUACGGGCGAACCGCCACGUUGCCCAUUCUGAUAAUUGGCACUGUAAUAGGCAGUGGAGCCGAGUUCCUGAAGCCCGUCGCAGCGCUGCUCAUCAAUCGAUGUCAGUUGCAGAAUGUCGCCUAUGUGAAGCUGAGCACCAACUCCAAGCUGGCGCUGCUCGUUACCUGGCUCUACCUGGUGCAGCUGAACCACAGCCGCUUGCUGCUCGGCCUGAGGCGCUGCCAGCUGCAGCUGUACGUGCUGCUCGCUCUGACGAUCUUCCGGAUACUCGCGGUAUUCUGUCGGAUGGACCACUUGAUCUGGCAGCUGGAGAAUCGACUGUGCUAUGCGCUCUUCGGCGGCCUCAAUGCGGACUUGAACAAGUUUUUCAAACGAAAAAUUGCGCUGGCACCGCGCAAAUCGUUUUCAAAACUUGAUUGAGCCUGCAUGUGGAUCAUAUAUAUCAUAUAUCAUUCAUGUAUAUAUAUAUAUGGCUACCCAUUCGAGUGCUGGGUCUGUCACAGUGGAACGGCGCGCAUUCGAUUGGCAGAUGCUGCGCUUCAUUUGCGCAGCCCCAGCGACGGCUCCAAUUGCAUAAGUUGCCACACGUGGCGCCCUCUAGCGCUAAGCGGCUUAAGUGCGACCGAGCAGGAGUCGGCCGGCGGCAGGCAUGGCGGGUGUGUCAAACGGGUUUUCGUACCGCAUACUCCCAGAUCUGUGUAUGUGUCUGUGUAGGUGUGUGCGUUCGGAUUGUUUGCAACAAUACAGCGAGAAUUGUGUUUCAAUAAAAAUCAAUUUAAUUAAGAUA